AUGGGUGGGAUAAAUAAAGACGAUGUUGAGAAAUACUUAGAGAACAAUCCCCAGUUUGCCAAGGAGUAUUUUGACCGAAAGCUGAGAGCAGAAGCGCUUGGAACCAUCUUCAAAGUCAGCCCUGGGGAAGUGAAGGAUGGAGUUUCCUUCAAGGAGAUGUCCCGGCUGGAGGAGUCUCAUGUGCUCUUUGAGUUGCUGACAGAAAUCCAGGAGGAAGAAAGCAGCAUGGAGAAGAUAGUGCACAAGGCCCUGCAGAGGCUGGCACAGCUGGUGGCAGCUGACCGGUGUAGCAUGUUCAUCUGCCGUGCCCGCAAUGGCAUCCUUGAGGUUGCCACCAGGCUUUUCAAUAUCACCGCCACCUCCAAGUUUGAGGAGAACCUGGUAGCCCCAGACAGUGAGAUUGUUUUUCCUCUGGACAUUGGGAUAGUGGGAUGGGUUGCUCAUACCAAGAAGUUUUUUAAUGUACCUGACGUGAAAAAGAAUAACCAUUUUUCUGACUUUGUGGACAAGCAAACUGGUUACACAACUAACAGCAUGCUGGCAACCCCUAUUAUGCAGGGAAAGGAAGUGCUUGCUGUUGUGAUGGCACUUAACAAAAUAAAUGCCCCUGAAUUCUCUAAAGAGGAUGAAGAGGUCUUUAAGAAAUACCUCAAUUUUGUUUCUAUUGCCAUAAAACAAUACCAUAUCACAUAUCUCUACAAUAUUGAAACCCGAAGAAGUCAGAUGCUUUUAUGGUCUGCCAACAAAGUAUUUGAAGAACUGACAGAUAUUGAGCGACAGUUUCACAAAGCACUGUACACUAUUCGAAUAUAUUUGAACUGUGAAAGAUACUCUAUCGGUCUGCUGGAUAUGACCAAAGAGAAGGAGUUCUAUGAUGAAUGGCCAAUCAAGCUGGGAGAAGCAGAGCCUUAUAAAGGACCAAAAACACCCGAUGGCAGAGAAGUCAUCUUUUAUAAGAUUAUUGAUUAUAUUUUACAUGGAAAAGAAGAAAUCAAAGUCAUUCCGUCACCUCCUGCAGAUUACUGGUGUCUUGUUAGCGGGUUGCCAACGUAUGUUGCUGAAAAUGGAUUUAUUUGUAACAUGAUGAAUGCACCAGCAGAUGAAUAUUUUUCGUUUCAGAAAGGGCCUGUGGAUGAGACAGGCUGGGUUAUCAAAAAUGUCCUGUCUUUGCCUAUUGUCAACAAAAAAGAAGAAAUUGUGGGAGUAGCUACAUUUUACAACAGAAAAGAUGGAAAACCCUUUGAUGAAUUUGAUGAACAAAUCACUGAAAGUCUUACACAAUUCCUUGGAUGGUCUGUUUUAAAUACUGACACCUAUGACAAAAUGAAUAAGCUUGAAAACAGGAAAGACAUUGCUCAGGAAAUGCUCAUGUACCAGACAAAGGCCACCCCUGAAGAAAUUCAGUCCAUAUUGAAAUACAAAGAGAAAUUAAAUGUAACCAGUACUGAAGACUGUGAUGAGAAAGCCCUCCUCAAGAUUUUGAGAGAGGAAUUACCUGAUCCAAAGGAAGUGGAACUUUAUGAAUUCUGCUUCAGUGACUUUCCCGUUACAGAGCAUGGCUUGAUUAAGUGCGGAAUACGAUUAUUCUUUGAGAUAAAUGUGGUUGAAAAGUUCAAAGUCCCAGCAGAGGUACUCACAAGAUGGAUGUACACAGUCAGAAAGGGUUAUCGGGAUAUAACUUACCAUAACUGGCGUCAUGGAUUCAACGUGGGACAGACAAUGUUCACCUUACUAAUGACAGGUAGACUAAAGAAAUACUAUACUGAUCUAGAAGCCUUUGCCAUGGUUGCGGCUGCUUUCUGCCAUGACAUUGAUCACAGAGGGACCAAUAAUUUGUAUCAAAUGAAGUCAGCUUCUCCAUUAGCAAAACUUCAUGGAUCUUCCAUUUUAGAAAGACAUCAUCUAGAGUACAGUAAAACUUUGCUACAAGACGAGAGUUUAAACAUCUUCCAGAACCUAAAUAAGCGCCAGUUUGAAACCGUUUUACAUUUAUUUGAAGUUGCAAUAAUAGCAACUGACUUGGCUUUGUAUUUCAAGAAAAGGACUAUGUUUCAAAAGAUUGUGGAUGCAGUUGAAAAAAUGCAAACAGAAGAGGAGGCAAUUAAAUAUAUAUCUAUUGACCCAACCAAAAAAGAAGUUAUCAUGGCUAUGAUGAUGACUGGUUGUGACCUGUCAGCUAUAACCAAGCCGUGGGAGGUGCAAAGUCAGGUUGCCCUUAUGGUUGCAAAUGAAUUUUGGGAACAAGGUGAUCUGGAGCGAACUGUGCUAGAGCAACAGCCAAUUCCUAUGAUGGACAGAAACAAAGCAGAUGAAUUGCCUAAGCUUCAAGUUGGUUUCAUUGAUUUUGUGUGUACAUUUGUAUACAAGGAAUUCUCAAGGUUUCACAAGGAAAUUACACCAAUGUUGGAUGGUCUUCAAAACAACAGGGUGGAAUGGAAAACACGGGCUGAUGAAUAUGAAGAAAAGAUGAAAAUUAUUGAGGAAGAAAAGAAAAAGCUGGAAGAAGCAGCAGCCAAAAAAGGUGGAAAGGGUCGAAAAUAACCUAGUAACAUGGUGAUCCACAGCUUUCAAAUGUAAGUUUUAAUUCUAAUAAUGGUAUGUCAACUUAAAAUGAAUCUAAAAACAAGUUACUAUAUUGAACAUAUCAGAACUUAGACCAAUAAAAACCCGUGGAAUCAUUUGAGAGAGAGAUGUUAACACUGUUGACAGCAGUUAUUGAACAUACAAAAAAGUACCUCUCUUGAUUGGAAACAGAUUUCUAGAUAAAAGUUUAUAUAAUCAUAAUCAACACUUAAAUGACAAUUUCCAUACCCCUCUCCCCCCAGUAGUCUCAAAGAUUAUAAUUGAUCCAAGAGUUUACUCCUUUGCAGGCUUUCAUUAUUCUGUUGUGGUGGCAGGAUGGAGAGGGACAGGAUUAAGUCUACAUAAUUGCUGAAACUUUCCAGUAAAAGUGGUUCAGUGUGUGUUUGCCCAUUGAUAAAUGCUGAUAUUAACUACUGCACCAUUUGUCAACAGUUUGGUUGUUCAAUAUUAAUCAAAAUAUAUAUAUAAAUCCUGAAAGUGUGUUCAGUUUUCAAGUGGACAAACACACUUGUGUUAUACAAUAAAAUUAAAAUGCAUGUCACAAAAUUAACAUUUAUAAAGGAAAAAUGAAGCUUAGUAAAAUGAAAGGAAUUCGCUCAUUAUUCAUAUUCCUUUUCUGCUUUUUAUUAGCUGAACAAGACGCAGCGAAAGGUGGAGGAGGUGGCGGAGAUGAUGAUGGCAAAUCCAAAACAUGUAUAAUUUUGUAAUGCAUUUCAAUGGCACUAAAAGAAUCUCAAAGUCUAUGUUUCUGCUACAGGAAAAAUAAAACAAACAAUCUAGAAACAACUUCAACAAGCCUCAGUGGAUUUCUGCAAAGCAUAGGGUAGCAUAGGCCAAAUAAUCCUCUUAAACAACUGCCAUCUAUUCAGUGUCAUUACUAAUGGCAUAAAAGAGGCAGAAUCCAUUGAAAACUAGAAAACAUGAAUUAUGGGGCAAAAUGAGUUGAUGAUGAGUUCAAUUCUUGGUAUUGUUUCUUGUCACUCAAUUUAUAUACAGUAUUUUUAUUAAAAUGUAUAAAUGCUGCAGAAUGUCCAGAAAAUUAUAAAUGAUUUUUCAUGAUAGAUUACAACCAGUAAUUUCAUAUCACAAGAUCUAAAUUGCACAUACCAGAAACCAAAACACCGCAGACAAUUUCAUAAUUCAUAGCGUUACAUUUUUAUUUUAUGUUUAUUUCUUUCAUCUGGACUGAACUAUAUCCCAUUCCUGCAUCCUCAAUUCUAGAUACAAUCCUGGAGUUGUCCCUUCCACCACUUUAGAAGACCUAACCACUAGCAUCAGUCCUGUGUCUAUAAAAUCAGACCCAUGGCCCCCUGAAGCUACCACUGUCAAUCUGUAAUUGCAGCAGUGGCUUUGGAGAAACCGCUCCCUUCUCCAUAAGUACACAAUU